GUUGCCUAUCGUUGAUUGUUUGACAAUGACACUGCGUUUUAAUUAUACAUUUUCUAAGAAAUGAUUUUAUUUUACACUUGUCUGUUCGCUUGCAUUUAUUUUAAUAAUCUAGUUGAGAGCUUGCAUUUCGACCGGAACCUGCGAAGAGGAUUACAGGGAAAUAAUAAAAACCAUAAUUUUGCCGACGCAUACUACUACAACACUGAUGCUGACUAUUCUUGGUCCAGAAAUGGAAAAAAUCUUGAGAAUGCUCAAGACUACGGCGCUUUCUAUGACACACAUAAACGCACAUCAGACCAAGAUCUGAAAGAUUUUAGUUCGUUCAGUGACGCUGAUUUUUCUGAAGCAUUGUCUAAGUUAUCCGAAAAUGAGCUAAAAAACCUAGACCGUCUGCUGGUCGAAGAAGAGAGUGUGGGUGAAGCCCCAUCCAAGAGAGAAGUUAAUUAUGGUAAUAGAGUACGGCGCUGCCAGAUUGAAUCAUGUUCAAACAACGGUGGAUUUUCUAGUGCAGGGGUUACAGGAGAUAGUGACCAGAUCGCGUCAUUAAGGUCUUGGUUUUCAAAAAGUAAAACAACGCAACCAACCGAAAAACCCACUACUUCCUCAUACACAAGAACUACAAGAAGAAAAACUCGGACAACGAGAAAACGCGCUUUGCCUAGGCGCACAAAAAAUACACCAGCAGCGAGAUUGCUCUCUAAUAAUAACGAUGCUGCUAGAUAUGGGCAAAAUUUAGAAGUGAAAAAUUUGAUCGAUCGAGAAAUUUUAGCUAGAAUCAGUAACAUGAAAAACCACCUUAAUAAGCGUUCCGAUGAAUCCACGUAUUCGCAGAUAUCUUCAAAGCGCCAGAAACGAGAACUCAAUCAAGCUGAUAAAAAACAGCAGAUCGAAAAUUCGGAAGUCGGAGGAACCCUUCGAGAUUCCUUUCCAGAACCAAACCAGGGUACCGCUUCAUUUCACACUCCCUUGGAACGGCUGGUCCGCGUUAAGAGACAAUCUGUUUAAAUUUGGCAUUUUUUAUCUGAUGCUUAUUUAUAUUGUUUUAUUUUUUACCUGCUUCCAUGUGUUCAUUUAAAAAAUAUACUUACCUUUGCAAACCUUCAAGCAACAGCGGUGUA